CAUACCUUCCUCUGCAGUUCGUUUCCUGUGAAAAUUAGAUUGUCUGAAAAAAAUAUGAAAUAAACCCAGAGAAUCGUUUAAGCAUGAGAAGACAGCAUCAGCGUUUUAAGUGUCUCUUAAAGGUUGAAUUAUCACAAUUUCAUUUGACGACCUCUUAUCUUCCUCCAAGUUGAAAAGAACACAGCGUAACAGAGCAUACAUUUAAGUUAUCAGCAUAUUACUCUUCGUUAAAUUCUCUUGCAAUGUUCAGCGGGACUUCCGUGGCAAAUAUCAGUACCAAUUCAACGAACGAUACAGUUCCGAAUGAGGCUUCAUGGUUGGACAUUCUUCAGUACACUCUGUUUGCCAUAAUAUUUGCAGUUAGUACCAUAGGAAAUAUUUUGGUCUGUUUGGUGGUAUUGGGAACAAAACGCAUGCGCACAACACGAAAUUUCCUCCUUGUCAAUCUGGCGGUAUCAGAUCUAACGGUAGCCCUAUUAUGUAUACCGUUCGACUUGGUGCUCAAGAUUACAGCACCCAACUGGCCGCUUGGCGCCGCGAUGUGCAAGUUAUUGUGGCCUUCUAUGACAUUUGUAACCAAUUCCUCUGCAGUUACACUUGCAGUAAUCAGCUUUGACAGGUAUCGCGCAAUAGUCCGACCGACAAAAGCUCGUCUCACAACUCGACAAACUGGUUUCAUCAUUGGGGCAAUCUGGGUGGUGUCGUUAUUGCUUGUGCUGCCAUACGUGUUAGCUUUGAAGGUAAUCGAUAACAGCUGCGACGAAGAAUGGCCCAGUAACACCACACAAAAAAUCUACACUGUGGGACUGUUUGUAUUCCAGUAUGCUUUACCUCUCACAAUCAUUGCGUUUGCAUAUGUCAAAAUAGUUCUCAAGCUUCGAGAACAAUCGGAACGAAUGGCGAGCUACCAUGAAAUUUCAAAGAGGCCAGCAUCUCCAUCGUUGCCAGAGGAAAACUGGAAUGCUGGCAAUAGCCUCGCCCCCAACAUAAGUGAUGCAAUCUCGUUGUCUUCUCCUGUUCCAGAGAGGAAGAAAUUUAGGAAUGGGAAUCUCAAUAAAACACAUCAUCUUGGUCAUAAGAAAUUAGAAAUCCAGAUGCACGAUGUUGCCUCCCCACUUCCAACAAGGAAGAAGCAGCAGUUUCCGACAACAUCCCGAGCUUGCAGAAUGAAAGAAGCAAAACGACUCGAGCACAACACUAAAAUUGUAAAGAUGCUUGUUUCCGUAGUCCUCUCUUACGCGAUUUGUCUUUUGCCAAAUCAAGUUGCUUGGUUAUGGUUGGAGUUUGGAUCUGGUGAAAGCUGGCCUCAUUUUCAAGAGUUACUUAUAUUUGGAAGCCUUAUGGUAUACAUCAACAGUUCUGUUAAUCCUUUACUCUACGCUGGUAUGAACGAAGAAUUUAGAAAGGGAUUCAUAAGAAUUAUAAAAUGCCAAUGGAGAGAGCAGCGUCAAACAUUUUAGUUCGGUGGUUAAAUUAAGCGUUACAUAAAUGAGUGUUGAAGUUACCUCUCGAUGCAGGUAUCCUUAAAACUUCGGCUAAAUUUGUCGUGUAAAAUUUGUGUGAAUCUCUUCCAACCGUAAACAUCCUCGCUCCUUUUGGUUAAAGUAAAUUUACUUCAUUUCGAUGACCUUUCUUUAACAUGCCAAAUUAAUAUUCUGAGGUUUCCUUCAUGGUUAAAAUAAAUCAAUAUUUCGCACUAAGUAACAGCUGAAAAUAUUUUCACAGCUGCAAGCACUGCGGCUGCACCUCAAUAUCUUCUGUUGCUCAAUUUUCCCAUAAUGUAUCAAUCAACUUAGUAAGUGAAACUAUUUGCAUCAAAAUGUAAGGCUGAUUGUAAGCCGGUAGAAGCUGAAGUUUUGCCUUUUACAUAGGAGGUGACUUCCUAAUUUUUUCUUUUUUGUAUGAACACGAACAGCAAAGAUACUCUUUACUCUUCUGAUGGUAACGAUAAAACAAAUUUGAGCGCUUGAGGAAAAGGUGAAAUGAAACAUUAAAAGAAAGAAUGCACUAAGAAUUCCAAGGGGUCAGUGUAAAACAAGCUUUUCUACGACAAAAAAGCAACAGCGACAUCUUCUAAAACCCCAACAACUACAAAGAGGAAGAGUAAAAUCUACAUCAUGCUGUAUAUUCAAGAAAGAAAAAUUAUUUGUCUUGAACUGUUUUGAAAACAGUAGAUUGGGUAGGUAAUACAUAUUUUAAUGAAAGUAAGAUUCGUCCAUAGUUUUAAUUGGGUUUGCUUGGGAUUGUAAUAAAGUAAGGUUCGAAUGGAAACUGAGAAAUGGCAAAAUAGUGUUAUAAUGAUUAAAUAGCCGUGUGGAAAUACGAAUUUAGCCAUUAUCAUCACGAGGAGAAAAAUUCGCAUCCACAAGAGGACACGCAUAUGUUCUGUUUACCAUAAAUAGAUAGAAGAGACAGUUCUAUAAAUAAGAGACAGUUUUAAAAUGUCUUUCUAUA